GAGCUGCCAGCGUGGUUGUGGGCCACCCCCUGGACACGAUCAAGACUCGUUUGCAAGCUGGACAAGGAUAUGGAAAUACACUCAACUGUGUUCUCACUGUGUACAGAAACGAGUCUGUGGCCGGCUUCUUCAAAGGCAUGUCCUUCCCACUGGCCAGCAUCGCUGUCUACAGCUCCGUGGUGUUUGGUGUCUUCAGCAACACACAACGGCUCCUCAGCCAGCUCCGUCACGGAGACCCGGCCGGCACACCAGCACUUGCUGACAUGGCUCUCGCCAGCGUGGUGGCAGGGUUUGUCUCCGUGGGCAUCGGCAAUCCUGUGGACCUGGUCAAGAUAAGGCUACAGAUGCAAACACAGCCAUACGUCAAAGGUGUAGGAA